CAAGAAAUAACCAAGAUGGCCGUAAACUGGUCAGAUGUUGCGGAUCGUGCGGAUGAAUUGGAGAAAUCUCUCCACCUCGUAUCUACUUUGUUAGAGCAUUUAUGCGUGCUGAAAUACUUUUGUUUGGAUAAAAUUUGCUUUUAGAAUCACAUUGGCCUCUAAAAAAAAUGGCAAAACAUCACCCUGAUUUGAUUUUUUGUAGAAAACAGCCGGGCGUCGCCAUUGGACGUUUGUGCGAAAAAUGUGACGGAAAGUGCGUAAUUUGCGAUUCAUACGUCAGGCCAUGUACACUUGUCAGGAUCUGUGACGAGUGCAAUUAUGGGUCGUAUCAAGGACGGUGUGUAAUCUGUGGAGGUCCUGGAGUAUCAGAUGCGUACUAUUGUAAAGAAUGUACUAUACAAGAAAAAGAUGCAAAGGGAUGGUUGUCCUAAGAUUGUGAAUCUCGGAUCAUCGAAAACUGACCUGUUUUAUGAACGAAAAAAGUAUGGUUUCAAAAGAAGAUAAGACAGAAAUUAGUAAAUAUCUCAAUCGUUUCUACUUGACUUUCAAACACUCUUCUUCUGUUAUAUCUUCAAAAACUGCAAAAUGUAAAUAUUAAGACAUUAAUUUUAUACACUAACGCUUCGAUUCCUGGAAAAUUCUUGCAAUCGUGUUACAAGAUAUUCAUUUAAUUCUAUAUUUAAAAAUCCAUUCGGACUGUACAAAAGUGUAUUUUCUAAUUUUAUCAUUUAUUAGGUAAUAAACUUGCAGUUCCUAUGAAAAAA